GUGGCAGAUUCCAUCACCAUUAUUCUUGCUGCAAAGCCAAGUGCCAAGGAAGUAACUACCUCCAUCUCCAUCCAUCUCUCUCUCGCUCUCCUUUCAUCUGGCAGGUAAACCAUGACGGCUUCUUCUGCGAAUCGCGUUGAAAGAGUGCCUAGCCGACUACUAUAAGCAGCUUAGGUGAUUCAUUGGUUUGGAUCUAUAUAUAUAUUUCUAUAAAUCCAAUUCGAUGAAUUUCUGAAUAUUAUUCAAGAUAUCGCGAUUUAGGGAUCUGCAAUGAACCAAUCAUCUGUCCCGGCCAUUUAUGAUCCAGAGUUCUCUCACAAGACUUGCUCCGCUUGAAGCAGUGCUCUUUGAUAUAGACGGGACCCUUUGUGAUUCUGAUCCUCUCCACUAUUAUGCUUUUCGUGAAAUGCUUCAGGAGAUUGGUUUCAAUGGAGGUGUUCCCAUAACAGAGGAAUUUUUUAUUGAGACUGUUGCUGGCAAGCACAAUGAUGAUAUUGCAGCGGCUCUCUUUCCCGGUGACCUGGAACGAGGUUUGAAGUUUGUAGAUGAUAAGGAAGCCAUGUUUCGGAGAUUGGCGGCUGAGCAAGUAAAGCCUUUAAAUGGUCUUGAUAAAGUGAGGAAAUGGAUCGAAGAUCGUGGAUUGAAGCGAGCUGCAGUUACUAAUGCUCCUAGAGCAAAUGCAGAACUCAUGCUCUCAAUAUUAGGUCUCACAGAUUUCUUUGAGGCUGUUAUUAUUGGUGGUGAAUGUGAACAUGCCAAGCCUCAUCCAGAACCCUACUUGAAAGGUCUUGAAGCUCUGAAGGCAUCAAAGGAUCACACAUUUGUAUUUGAGGAUUCUGUCUCAGGAAUCAAAGCUGGAGUGGCAGCUGGGAUGCCAGUUAUAGGUAUAGCUACCCGAAACCCAGAGGAUUUACUGAUGGAAGCAAAGCCUGCCUUUCUGAUAAAGGAUUAUGCCGAUCCUAAAUUGUGGGCGGCUUUGGAAGAACUUGACAAGACUAAUGCUUCUUAGAAUUUUGAAUUACACUGACACAAUUCUUAGUAAAGCAAUUAAGUAGCAAGUUUCAUAUUGAAGUCACAGGAUCAGCUGCAUAAUAUUGUUGUAGGGACGAUAUCACAAUACUAGUUCAUUAUCAAUGUUGCUUUGAAAAGGCAAACAAUUAUAUUCUAUAAGCGAUUUGUAAUAAUUUCAUUGUUGGCUAUGAAAUCGCGGGCCGAGACCAAUGAAAUAGCAAUACAUAUGUGUACUAUUUUUUUAUACUCUACAAAAUAUUAGAAUCACAUCUAUAACAAAUAAUGAAAAAUCUUGUUUACAUUUUAAUUUCA